AUGGAUGAGUACGUCGGUAUAAAGCGAAUUCAUCCCGAGUCGUACCACUCCUUCAUGUACGGAAACUUUUUCAGCCACGUCGCCAUCAACCCGGAAAACAUCAAUCUCCUAGACGGUAACGCGGGUAGCCUCGCAGAGGAGUGUCUUGCAUACGAGGCUAAGAUUAAGGCUUUCGGGGGAAUUGAACUGUUUCUCGGAGGCGUGGGUGGUGAUGGGCACAUUGCAUUCAACGAGCCCGGUUCAAGCUUGGCUAGUCAUACUAGGGUCAAAUCCCUGGCGUAUGGAACUAUAUCCAACGGUUAUUUUUACUUGGUAACACGUAUUCGCUGUUCAAUAGGCAACCGAGGGCGGUAUAAGUCACAUGUGCACCCUAUCAUGUCUGCAGCUUCAUCCCUGGUCGUGGUGGACGAAGACGCAAUUCUAGAACUGAAGAUCAAAACAGUCAAGGUUUGCCAGUUGUCACCGGAUAUUUUAAAGGUGCAGGACUGA